AAAUAAGGUUAAUUCAAGUUGUGGUACAUGCGGGUUUUGAUUCAUUAAAGUUACUCAGCACCUCUCGGGAAUGCAUUUUUAUUUUCAAGACCUGGCAACCCGGAGUUACCCACACAACAUCAGCUGCUCGAAAGCGGUGAGGAGCAGCUCCAUUGUGUCGCUAGUCGAAGGAGAAGGAAUUCGCUAGAUAUUGGAGUAAUACCAAAAGUCAUGUCGGCAAGUGACGACUCUGUCGACUUUAACAGAGGCGACUCUCCAACUCGCCGCAGAAAAAAACACAACAUAGAAUCAUCCAGAUCUCCAAGAAACUCGAAACAUCAUUACUCCCGAUCAAGAUCACGCUCCAGGGAGAGUAAACGUGAUAGAAAACACAGAAAACACACAAGAAGUCGCAGCAGGAGCAAAGAGGCUCGUCGACGACAUUUGGAGAAGCCGUCAAAGUCUUACAGAACUUCGGAUGACCAACAAGAGAGACACUCGUCAGACAAUGGAGAGGAGCGAUCCAGACGUAAAGAAAGGAGGCCAUCGAGGGGGCGUAGUUGUUCUCGGUCAAACUCCAGAGAGAGGCGACGUCACAGCAGGAGCAGAGACAAGCGGCGCUCAAGAUCACACAGUCGAGAUAGGAAGAAGAAAGCUCGGUCACAUUCACGCUCAAGGUCCAAGCACCGUCAUGUUAGCAGAAGUCGCAGUAAAAGCAGGGAGCGAAAGAAAAAGGCUGAAAAAGUACGCAGAAAGAGCGGCAGUACACCAGUGAUUCCACCUCCUUUCCGUGGCCGAAAUACAGCUAUGGAUGCACAAGAAGCCCUUGCAAGGAGGCUGGAAAGAGCCAAGAAACUGCAGGAACAGAAGGAGAAGGAGUUGUUGGAGAAACGGCAGCAGGAAAUAGCUGCAGCUGCUGCACCUAUUGCUGCUGCUGCCGCCGCCGCUGCUUCAAACCCAGCGCUUAAUGUUGCAGCCCUCCUGGCCACUGGGACACAGGUCACGCCCCAAAUCGCCAUGGCAGCUCAAAUGGCAGCCCUACAAGCCAAAACCCUGGCAGAGACUGGCAUUGCUGUUCCGAGCUACUACAACCCAUCUGCUGUAAACCCGUCGAAGUUCGCUGAACAAGAGAAGAAGAGGAAAAUGCUGUGGCAAGGAAAGAAGGAGGGGGACAAGUCUCAGACAGCUGAAUUAUGGGAGAAGCUUAACUUUGGAAACAAGGACCAAAAUGUUAAAUUUCGGAAACUGAUGGGUAUUAAAGGGGAUGAAGAAGGAGAAGCUUCAAAACCUUUGAACGACGAGGGUUUGAAGACUCUACAGAAGCAGGAGGAGAUGUUUAGGAACCUGGAUGUUCAGUACGAGAUGGCAAGAUCACAGACUCACACUCAGAGGGGAAUGGGCCUCGGAUUCUCCUCGCUCACGCGCGGAAUGGAUUAUGUAUAGCUUCAAGUCAUCACUAUCUUCAUGACUCAUCUGUCCGCAAUGCAGCCAUCGCCGGCCACAAAGCUUGCAUGGAUGUUGCUCUCAGUCUGUAAUUUAUUGAUAGAUGACACUCUUCUACAUUGGAGUGUGAAAUGUAAAUAAUAGGUUGCUGGGUUUAUCUCAGCAUUUAUUCAUUAAGGAACCACCAUGUUGACGUACGGACACUGGUACAGAUACUAGAUAUUUGUUUGCAUCGUAUGGUCUUUUUAUAACUCAUCAGUCUGUUGGAAAAUAAAUUUGAGUUUGAUUUUGUCAGAUGGCAACUGAGCUGUCAUGGUUAUUUGCUUUUCACGGCUACUGUGAUGUAAGGACAUUCAGAAGUGACGUUUCCAAAACUAGUGUGUUGUAUAAAAUGUUGUGACUGUUUGAAUUAAAACAAUUCUCAAUACGUUGUUU